AUGGAGUUCCUAAACACAUCUGAUCAAAACUUGACCUCAGAAGAGCUGUUAAACAGAACGCCAUCCAAAAUUCUGGUGUCCCUCAUUCUCUCCGGGCUGGCACUGCUGACGACAGCCAUCAACUCACUUGUGAUCGCUACAAUUAUUGUGACCCGAAAGCUGCACCACCCAGCUAACUACUUAAUUUGUUCCCUUGCAGUCACAGAUUUUCUUGUAGCUGUCCUGGUGAUGCCAUUCAGCAUUGUGUAUAUUGUGAGAGAGAGCUGGAUUAUGGGGCAAGUGGUCUGUGACAUUUGGCUAAGUGUUGACAUCACGUGCUGCACGUGCUCCAUCUUGCAUCUCUCUGCUAUAGCUUUGGAUCGGUACCGGGCAAUCACAGAUGCUGUUGAGUAUGCCAGGAAAAGGACUCCCAAGCAUGCUGGCAUUAUGAUUAUCAUAGUUUGGAUUAUAUCUAUUUUUAUCUCUAUGCCUCCUCUAUUCUGGAGGCACCAAGGAACGAGCCGAGAGGAUGAGUGUAUCAUCAAACAUGACCACAUUGUUUCCACUAUUUACUCAACAUUUGGAGCUUUCUACAUCCCGUUGACAUUGAUUUUGAUCCUUUACUACAAAAUAUAUAAAGCAGCAAAGACAUUAUACCACAAGAGACAAGCAAGUAGGAUUGCCAAGGAGGAAGUGAAUGGCCAAGUCCUUUUGGAGAGUGGUGAGAAAAGCACUAGACUGGUCUCCACACCAUACAUGCUGGAAAAAUCUUUAUCUGAUCCAUCAACAGACUUUGAUAAAAUUCAUAGCACAGUGAAAAGUCCCAGGUCUGAAUUCAAGCAUGAGCGAUCUUGGAGAAGGCAAAAGAUCUCAGGCACAAGAGAACGCAAAGCAGCCACUACCCUGGGAUUAAUCUUGGGGGCAUUUGUAAUAUGUUGGCUUCCUUUUUUUGUAAAAGAAUUGGUUGUUAAUGUCUGUGAAAAGUGUAAAAUUUCUGAAGAAAUGUCAAAUUUUUUGACAUGGCUUGGCUAUCUCAAUUCCCUUAUAAACCCACUGAUUUAUACAAUCUUUAAUGAAGACUUCAAGAAAGCAUUCCAAAAACUUGUGCGAUGUCGAUGUUAGUUUAAAGAAAUUUAUUAUGAAAAGAUUGGAGUUCUUUUGAGGUGAAGUAACUGAAUGAAUGCUAAAUAAUAAAACAUUUAAACUUUU